AUGUUCAUGGAUCGGAAGCCGGCGGUCUGGGCAAUUAAGAAGUGCUUGAGCCAUGCUGCGGGCUACGCCAGACUUGCGUCGCUAAUGGGAGUCCACCCCGAGACGGCAAUCUUACGGCGCUUCGGAUCCCUAAAUGCCCUAAACCUCCUCUAUCUACAAGCCGAGUUGACCGACCUGGAAAAUGCUCCGCAGAAGGAGGCCAAAACCGACGCCGGGUCGGGCCAUUUUGACCGCACGCUCUACAGCCGGGACUGGCAGAGUCUUGCCGAGUCGGCAACAAAACAGAAUGGGUCUCCGAGACGAUGGGAGCUUGUGCUUCAAGUCAGAGAGAAGUUGAACGAAUACAACCAGGCACUCCAUUUGCAGCACAAGAUCGCCAAGAUCGGACCGCCCAAUAGGCAGGACUUUGAGUUUCUCCAAAGAUAG